AUCUCCUCCGCAAAGCUGGGAGAUGCCGGCACCUACGUGUGUGUGGCCCAGAACUCGGUGGGCACCACGGAGGCGCAGGUGGAGGUGAGCGUGGAGGCGGUACACGGCAGGAGAGGAGUCCCCGAAAUCCACAUGACUCCCACCCAGACAGUGCAGGCGGGACAGACGGCUCGGCUCCAUUGCUCUGCUACAGGGGACCCGACUCCCACCAUCCACUGGUCCAAGCUGCGGGCUCCGUUGCCGUGGCAGCAUCAGGUGGUGAACGACACCCUCAUCAUCCCCCGGGUGGCCCAGCAGGACUCGGGCCAGUACAUCUGCAACGCCAGCAACUCUGCGGGGUUCACCGAAGCCUUCGUGGUGCUGGACGUGGAGAUACCACCCUACGCCACCAGUCUUCCCAACCGAGCAGUGGUGCACGAGGGCGAUGCAGUGCAGCUGCAGUGCCUGGCCCACGGCACGCCCCCCCUGCGUUACCAGUGGACCAAAGUGAACGGCAGCCUGCCCGGACGGGCCACGGUGCGCGACGGGGUCUUGCAGUUCAGCCCGGCCGGGCACCAGGAUUCCGGCACCUACCGCUGUCACGUCAGCAACCGGGUGGGCUCCGCUGAGGCUUUGGCCCAGGUCUACGUGCAAGCCACUGCUGGAGGACCCCUCUCUGUCCAGAUCACCCCUCCGAGCGACACCAAAGCCGUGGGCGCCACAGCAGAGUUUGUGUGCUCCGUGUCCGGGGACCCCAGGGCGCAAAUCGAGUGGCUGAAAGAGGGCGGAGAGCUGCCUCCCACUCACACCAUCCGCAAUGGAGUGCUGCGGAUCGAGAAGCUGAACCCAGAGUGUCAGGGAAUCUACGUGUGUCGGGCCAGGAGUCCCUCUAGCCAGGCCCAGGGAAGGGUCAGCCUGACUGUCCGGGGAUGCGUGCGCCAGCUGAUCAUCCAAGGGAAGGAAGUGAUCUUCAAAGAUUUUGACCUGCAAGCCCACGGAGUCUCCAACUGCCCUACCUGCCAAGACCAACCCUGUCAGAACGGAGGCGUCUGCAUGGACUCGGAGAGCAGCAGCUACACAUGCAAGUGUGCCCAGGGAUUCGCCGGGAGCAACUGUGAGCACCCCCAGGCCCUGCGCUGCCAUCCAGAGGCCUGUGGGCCCGAUGCCACCUGCGUGAACCAAGCCUCCGGGGAAGGCUACACCUGCCGUUGCCUCUUGGGCCGACACGGGAAGAAGUGCAUGGCGGGCCUCACCGUGACGUCCCCCCACUUCCCGGGUGCAGACGCUUUCAUCUCCUACCCAACCCUCACCCGAAACCCCUACGAGCUGCGGCUGGAGGUCGAAGUCAAGCCGCUCUCCCCCAACGGCCUCGUCCUCUUCAACGGGGGCGACGGGACCCCCGUGGCCGACUUCGUCUCGCUCAACAUGGCCAACGGGCACUUGGAGUUCCGCUAUGAGCUGGGCUCAGGUACCGCUGUGCUGCGGAGCCACAAGCCCCUGGCCCUCGGUCAGUGGCACAAGGUGGCGGCCGAGCGCCUGAACAAAGACGGCACCCUACAGGUGGACGAGGAGCGGCCCGUCAAGAGGUCGUCCCCCGGGAAAAGCCAGGGCCUCAACCUGCACACUUCUCUCUACCUUGGAGGAGUGGAGGACUCAGUCAAGCUCCCGGCAGCUGCCAACAUCUCCAACCACUUCCACGGGUGCAUCGGAGAGGUUUCGGUCAACGGGAAGAAGGUGGACAUUUCCUACAGCUUCCUGGAGAGUCGCGGCAUCUCGCAGUGCGCCGACAGCUCCCCUUGUGACCGCAGGCCUUGCCAAAACGGCGGGCAGUGUUUGCUCACGGGGGAGUACGAGUUCCAGUGCCUGUGUCCGGAUGGUUUCACGGGGGAACGCUGCGAGGUGCCCGAGGCCCACUGCCAGCUCCAUCACCCCUGCCUGAACGGGGGCAUCUGCAAGGGCACGGCCUGUCUCUGCCGCCAGGGCUUCUCGGGGCUGUACUGCGAACACGACGAACUGCAGCACCAGCUGAAAGCCGAAUGGCCGGAAGGCAGCGGAGGAAACGACGCUCCUGGACAGUACGGCGCCUAUUUCUGCAACGGGGGCUACGUGGCCUUGCCGAGACACGCUUUCCCCAGGAGUCUUCCCGAGUCGCCAGAGACCAUCGAACUGGAAGUGCGGACCAGCUCUGCAAACGGGCUGCUUUUCUGGCAGGGGGUGGAGGAAGGGGAGCCAGGCAAAGCGAAGGACUUCAUUAGCCUCGGGCUGAAGGAUGGGCACCUGCUGUUCAGUUACCAGCUGGGAAGCGGAGAGGCCAACCUCCGCUCCGAAGACCCCGUGGACGAUGGCGAGUGGCAUCGAGUGACGGCUGUCCGGGAAGGGAAACGAGGAUCCCUUCAGGUGGACGGAGAGGAGGCGGUGACUGGUGAAUCUCCUGGCAGGAACGUCAUGGUCAACACCAAAGGCCGGAUCUAUUUAGGAGGCGCCCCCGACAUCCAGACGCUGACGGCCGGGAAAUACGCCUCGGGAAUCACGGGCUGCCUCAAAAACGUGAUUCUGGUCAACGCCCGGCCAGGCCAGGAACCCCGGCAGCCGGUAGACCUGCAACACCAGGCGGAAAUGGCCCUGAACAUUCAGGAGUGCCCCUCAUAGGGGAGGCCCCACCACCAACAACCUUCCUUCCACCCUCCUGCUGUUCGUUGCCAUCGCCGGGCCGAGGGAGAGACAUCUACGCUGAUUAUCGUUAUUUUAUUAUUAUUAUUAUUAUUGUUAUUACUACCAAAAAAAAAUUUUUUUUUUUUUAAAAAAAAGGAAGAAACACACCAACGGUGCUUUUCGCUGCUGCCAAAAAAAAAGGGGGGGGAGGUGGAGGGAGUUGGCUAACAGCGGCGUCCUUGGCCUAGGCCGCGCGGGCCGCCUCGGAGGACCAGGGGGAGCCGUGCCGCGUUGCGCCAGAAGAGCUACAGGAGGAGGCCGGCUUACCGGAGAUCGGCAAGUGAGCCAGGAUGCCCGGAGGGCUGCUGUGUUGGCCCCCCGGCUGGCUGUGACUGACCAAAGAUCCUGCCCUCGCCCUCCCUGGGGCAGGGAGGGGAUCCCAGGGGCAUCCGGGAAGGUGGUCUCGGCAACGUCCUCCGUGCCCCAGCGAAUGCCACGCGGGAGACGGGUCCUUCUGAAGUCCCGCCUCCGCCUCGUCGCCCCGCACAGCCGUAGCGCUUCGGAGAGGUGCUCUCCCCACCCCCCACCCCCAUUUCGCUAGCUGCCUUGACCCCUGGACCGUGCCUGGGAGUCCCGGGGCCUCGCCCCGUGGAAGGGGCCACCCUGCCUCACCCUGGGAAGUCUCUUUCCCCUCACCUUUAGGUUGCUUCAGUGCCUUAUUGGGGAGGGGGGCUUUCCUAAGGGAUGCACCUGCUAUCCCCCAGCCCAAUCUCCUCUUGCCCGCCCUCCGUUGCCUGCCGAGUGUUAUUUCCCACAGCAAAACUUCCGGAAAGGAGGCGGCUGCUGCUUCUUGGGGGCGGAGAGCAGAGGGGGCCCUCCUGCCUUCCAGCCCCCCUGCCUUUGGGUCAGAACCAGAAGGGGUUCUUUUAUGACAGCUUUCCAAGGAGAACUAGCCAGGCUCCAAAGAAACUUCCAUGGCUCAGGCAGGAGAUUGCUGACCGCUGGCCUCCUUGCCUUCCUUCUCCUGCCAGCCGGCCCCCAGCAAAGCGCUGAAGACGGCAAACACUUUGGGCCUUGGGGGGUGCCUGGUUCUACUUCAGCCGGGGGUCCCGCGCUUCUCAUGUGGGCCUGGCUGCCCUGGGCGUUUUGGGGGGCAGCCCCCCACCCCCCAUGUCCAGGAUUGGACCCCCUCUUUGCUCCUCUCUCUUUGCUUCUCCCACCUUCCUUCCCUUGACCGUUCUUGUACUUCUUUUUCUUAAUAAAUGGUGCUGAAC